AUGCUGUUCUUCGGCCUCGGCGGCCUCGUCUACAUCUCCAUCUUGCUCGUCAACGCCAUCGCCAUCCUCUCCGAAGACCGAUUCCUCGCCCGUAUCGGCUGGGGUAACGCCGCCGAGCCCGGCUUCGGCGGCAUCCAGGACACCACCAGCGUCAAGGCCAGGCUAAUAAACCUGAUCAACUCG